CCCAGUAACCCAGCAGCUGGCAGUAGAAUAUUCCCUACAGUGAAAGUUCCGACUCAUGCAGCAUUCCAUCAAUUUAUUUACGCCGGACAAACCAAGCAAACACCCCCCCCCCUCCAAAUUACACACUUCCUCUGUGUAGAUGCUGCUAUUCAUUCUCUCCGUGUGCUGAAUAAUACAGAGCUCAGGGGCGCUCUCGCACACUCACACACUCUCUCGCACACUCGCACACACUCUCUCUCUGACAUCACUCAGUACAAAGGGUGGAGUGAGAAAGCAUUGGAAUCAGUUGGGUCUGUGAAGGGGAAGGGAAAUUCUCUGCUCAUAGAGGGAAGCGGAGCCUGGCUGUCAGCUGAGUCACAUCCACACAGGGACUAAGUGGCAGUCGGGCGCAAGGCACCCCAUCCCUGGGCACUGAGUGGAGACAGUGGCACAGAAGGGGCUCUAGGGGGGCCACAGGAGCUUUGCCAUCCAUCUGGGGUACCCAGGACCAGAGUCUAAGGCUUGAGCUGAAGGAUACGGCUGACAUGGAGGAGUAUGACGCUUUACUUCAGGAACUCGCAGAGAACAUCACCAACGAGGACCUGGACCUGCUGAAGUCGGCCUGCAAAGAGGACAUUCCGAGCGAGAAGAGCGAGCAGAUAGCAUCCUGCCAGGAGUGGUUCAGCUUCCUGGAAAAGCAUGACAAACUGUCAAAAGACAACCUUUCAUACAUCGAACACAUCUUUGAGAUUUCCCGACGCCCCGACCUCCUCACCAUGGUCAUCGACUACAGGACCAAAGUUCUGAAGAUCUCAGCAGAGGAAGAACUUGACACAAAACUCACUCGGAUCCCCAGCGCCAAAAAGUAUAAAGAUAUUAUAAGGCAGCCCUCAGAAGAGGAGAUCAUCAAGCUGGCCCCACCUCCAAAGAAAGCCUGAAGGAGGAGAGGAGAAGACCCUACAUCCUGUUGGUCUCCAUUGUUCUAGCUCACCUGUUCACUUUGGAUCUCCCUGCCCCUCCCCUGUGCACAUCCCCAUCAAGUGCAAGGUCGGAGCUCGGGGUGGGGCACAAGUAGAUCCGCGCUCAUCGAUGACCACUAACAAGAGUCCUAACCCCAUUGUGUGUGCUCUGUGUCUUGCAGUCUGUCCAUCUCCCCCCCCCCCCCCCAACUCCUGACGCGUUUUGUAAGUGUGCGUUUUAAUAGAAGUAAUUUUUUUUCAUUUGUCUUAUUUUCGUGAGAUAAGAAGUGGCUUGAUACUAUUUUAUUAUUGAUUUGUGUGGUUUUGAGAUUUCUAUGCAAAUGGAAACUAAACCUUUCUAGACUUUUCCCCUUCUCCUUGCCUCAGCUACCUCCGUUUCCACCAUAGCAGACUGCAGAUGGCCCCAGGAGCGUGGCCACAGGCAAGGGGGGGAGGGGCUUGAAUGUUGGUGUGAGGCUGUGUAAUGUCUUUGAUGUUCAAUAAGGAGGCGGUGACUGGUUCUGAACUGGACAUUCCGACCCAGAUUGGGAGCUCUGCUUGGCAUGAUGUCUGGGAGAACAAGAAAAUGGGGACAGUUGGUCCCAUCAACUUGCCUAAUUAGUCUAAUGAAUUACUAUAGUAGAUAAACCUAGAACCUUCACAAGGUCUUCCCUUGAUCUGAGGAACUAACAAAUCUAGCAUUAGAAGAUAAUUAAGUUUAUUGGGUUACAAGCUGACUGGCAAUAUUACCCCCCUCCCCCCACAACAGCCUCAAGGAUGGAACAAUGUUUGGCCAAGCCAAGAAGGUUUGAAGGGGGAUCUGGGAUACAAACAGAGGUGUAAUUAUAGGAGUAGACCCUGUGACUUCUAUGGGGCCCAUCAAGGCACCAACUACUAUUACUACUACUACUGUAGUAGGGGGGUGGGGUCUAAAAUGAGUUUCCUGUAGAGCCCAGAACUUGUAGCCCACUGGAUGCAACAGAAUUCCAAACAGCUAAGAAUUAACCUCAAGCUGAUGACUUAUGAAGAUCUUCUGAAGAUCUUAGAAAGGAUAACUUUGCUGAACCUAGAGUAGGGUUUAUUAUGUUAUUACAGCCCUCAGCUUCCUUCCACCUGUAAUAAAACAAUAAGCAUGCUGGGAUAUGUAGUCAAGCAAUGUAUAAAGCCUAUAUUAGAUGGAGCUUGUAACCCAUUGGCACACAGACAGACCAUGCCACCGUAUUCCUCUUAUGAUUGGGUGAAAUAAUAAGAAUAUUAGAGUGAAACAUAGCUAUAAAUUGCACCCAGACUGUACUGGACCAAUAGAUUUAUAGGGAAAAUGUUAAGCUGAAGGAGCCGACCAAUUAAAGAGCCAAUGGUAUGUAAAGCCUGGUAGUGGUAGUAUAGGGUUACUUAAUCAGAGUAUAAUAUGUGUUAUAGACAUGGAGUAGAUGGAACGAGUAAGUGAGAGAAGAAAAAAAUAUAUAUUUGAGUCAACUGAUCUCUACACGGCAAAAUAGUGCCAGUUCUGCCGAAGGAUGGGAUUUGUGACUGGGCCGGGAACGUGAGAGGUCUAGGUGUUUCUAGAGCAGUUUAUAGGACUGACGCCCAAUGGAAAGGCUUGUUAUGUAUGGGCAACAAAAUGGCGGAGGAAUGGCCAAGGAGAUCCAGAGAGGAGAUAAUGCUACAGAAAUGGUGUCCCUCCGGAACUCCUUUACCCCACUCCUGGCCCGAUUCUGUUUAAAGGACACGUUAAGCUCAGAAUGGACUUUUAGUAGGCAGGGAACCAGGAAACGUAAGGCAAUAUAUUUGGGAUUGGAAUCUGGUGAGGAAUCAAACUGGCACAAUGAGGCGUAUUUCAUUUAGAUCAUAUAAAGGGAAUAUGGCUGGUCAUAUAAAGGAGGUACCUGGGCUGGUUUAGAGUAGGGUAUUAGAAAGAGCCCUUGGGAUAAUAAUAAUAAUAAGAAGAAGAACAUCCACAUUACCAGAAUUCUACUUGAUACCCCAAGGCAUGGGUCAGAAAUAUUGGUUCACAGGGUAUGUGGUGUAGUUCAUUGGUUGGGUUAACUUUCCCUUUCAAACUGGGUUCCUGCAUUCACCAUUCAAAUUCAGUCAAGGAUUCCCCCCCCCCCCACUGAUGGAGUAUGGGAAUCAGCAAUUUAUCUGCUCAGAAACCAAUUCCUGGUCCCGCUACAGUUUGAGUGCAUAUUUAUAGUUAUUUUGGGUUAUUUCCAAACAGUUUCAAGAGCCAAACUGGGUUUCCUUCCCAGGAUUCCCUCUGCUCUCUCUCUCUCUAGGUUUAGCAAAUGCUGAGGAACAACCAUGGGUUCUAUCUGUUUCUUAACCAUUUCUAGAUAUGGUGUAACAUCUCCUGGUUACAAGAAUAGCCUCCACACACGAGGCCUCGGCUAUAAUGGGCCGUCGUCACUCAAGGCCAAAGCCCCGAAGAACAAAGACUUGCGCAAUGUUCAGUCGAGAGCCGCUCACCCACUCUUGUUGGUUGUGUGUUUCCACUCAAUUUGCCAAGGGUCGUAAGGAAAUCUGUGUUGUCACUGCUUCUAUGAGAUUGCUGGGAAGGAGCGCGUGGUGCCUUUGUGUCCCCGUCGGUGGUUGUUAUCGUUUCUCUUUAAUGAGGCCGCCUCUGCUGAAGGGCGGCCAGUUCUUUUGUCACUGUGCUCUGUUAGGUUCUGCAAGCAAAAAAGCAGCUUAUUCUAUAAAUGCCACACAGCAGAGAUUCUAAUAGGUUCUGUAGAGGAUUUAUCACUGCAUGUAAAAAUACCCUGUUGACCUGAUACAAUGGGGUCUGCUAUUUUUGGAAGAUGCUCCAUUCAAACGCUUUUGAGCGUCCAACAUCCAUCAUUUUGUCCUGAGUACAAGUUCUAGGCAUCGGGAACGUUCUGUUGCAGUCUAGGGGACACCUCCUAGUAGAACUGAUGGGAAGUAGAACUAACUGUCAAUAUCAUCUUGCAAUUGCCAAUGGGGUAUCUUCCAGAAAUGAAGGGUUAUCGUUGGGUUCAGUUGGCCGCAGAGCUGAACUUGAAGACCCACCACUAGAUCCUUUGCUUAAAUUAGAUAUAAGUCAUCUCUAUUAUAUCUGUUGCAUUAGAGGGCAUCAUUCCUUCCUUUGAGUCAGUGAUUCAUUGGAUAUUUCAAUACCCAAUGACAUUACAGACGAAGGGUGUCCACCUACUGUUCCCAUCAUGUUCAGCCUGGUUUGGCCAGGUAGUCUGGUAGAUUUCGACACUGCCUAGAUGUUUGGCUGUGAAUACAAGGUUGGGUAUUGGUGUCAGUAGAUCAACGUGGUCUUGGAGAAGAGAAAGGUGGCCAUGCAUGUAGGUGGCCACUGUUGAGACAUUCAUCCGCUUGGCCGGCAGGCUAACUGAUCAUAUAUCAUGGAGGGUCGCCCACUGCAUGGUCACCUUUAUUGUUCCGUAGCUAACGUCAACUAUGGUGCAAACCAAUGGACGGGCUGCAUUCUGGGCAGAUCGAGAUCGAGGACAUCAAAGUCCACAAACUGGUGGACGCACCUUGGACACCUCCAUAUUGAUGCCCUCUUAAACGCCCGUCAUAUGCCUUACAAUGCACAAUAUUUAUUAUCACCCCAAUAUCCCGCAGUAAGAAUGACAUUUUUCAAAAUUCUUCAACAUAUUUUUUUGUAACGACGGCUGAAAAACAAAUAUAUUCGUAUAUAUUUAUCGAAUGAUUCCUAUUGGGCGCGCAAAAUAAACGUUUUAGCCAAUUGGCACGUCUCAAUGUGAAAGGGGAAAUCCCGAGCGCUAUUUUUGUAACAGAUACGAAUAGUCUUCUACCAGAAGGUCUGAGUUUUAUUUUAUUACCUAAUAAAUUAUAUAUUGCAGUAGAUAUUAACAAAUACAUAUAAAUAUAUAUAUAUUAUUCUGAAACUCAGAUGAAGGAUUUUUUUCCCCUUUUACCAUAAGACUCGAAAAAAGAAUUUUGAAAAUUUGUCGAAAUGAUUUCAUUCGCUCUAACCUUUGCUUUCAACUAUGAGCAGAUUUCCUAAAUUUCAAGGUUUUUUUGAAAUUUCAAAAAAAUUCAAAUUCAAAAUUUUAGAUUUCCUAAAUUUCAAGUUUUUGGGAAUUUCGAAAAAAAUUCAAAUCUGAAAUUCUGCAAAAUCUCCAAUUUUUAAAAGGAAAAGCUUGAAUUUGAAUAUACAACUCCCAUUGGCUGUCAAAUCUUCCAGUUUGAGGGUUUUUUUCUCAAAAAUUUGAGCUGGGAAGACUCAAAAUUGAAAAAAUUGCUGGAAAACGCAAUUGAGAAUUUGAUAAAAUCGGCCCCAUAGUGGGGGAAGAGCAAAUUUCAGGUUUCCGCUAUUAUACUACAACUGCUCCUAUAUUCCAUGGCUAUGGCCGCCAUAUUCCAGUAUGAUAUAAACAUUCCAUACAGAUCCGGCUGCCAUUUUGUCGCUGUAUAGAGGUUUUGGCACAUAAGUGGCUUAAUUAUAAUUGUUUUACUGUUAUUUGUGAGCUUUGUAUGAUAUGGAAGGUCUCAGUUGUAACUACAUGAUAUCUGUGUUGUAUUCCCACUAAGACGUAAGCCGCGUGGUUAUACCAGGACAUCCAACAGAUUUAGCAUCAUUCUACCCCAACCCUCUCGAUACGUGGCAGGAAAACGGUCCAUUCUCAUCUUCAGUUAAUGCGAAUAGUGCCUUCCUAGCCGAUAGACUGUAGACUAGUUCCCUACGGGAGGGGCCACCGGAAGAUUCAAAAAUGAAAGUCUCGGUUCAUGGGACUCGGCGAUGUCCUACCAAGGUCGUUAUGGGCAAUCAGCCUUGCUCCUCAAUGGCCUACGACACACUCGCUAGCAUACUGUAGGUUUGACCACCCAAAGCCAUUACAGUACCGAAAGCCAAAUAAACCACUCAAGAAAUUGCAUUUUUGGAAAACCACCGAAACCCCAAAGCCUUAAACCUGUCUGACCUCCUAUUUCAGUAAUUAUUAGCUCACGACCAAUCAAAAAGCUAGUAGCUGUGUCUUGAUAGACUUUUUAUACACAUAUUAGGAGGUAUCAUAUUCCAAGGGAGAAGAGGCAGAUGUUAUUGGGAUUCCCUUGGAAGACACAGUGCUCCACCAAGUGGCAGUAAGCCCUAACUAACCAAAAGUAGAUUGUUUUGUGGGCUAAAUGUAUUAUGGACCUAGGAAAUAUAGCUGAAGGGCUCUGUCACCUUAAUCUCUAAAGAACACCUGUCCAUUGAGUUUUUUUCCUGGUGUCCCACCAGUCCAGUCCGACCCUGUUUGUCUCCAAAGAGAGAGGCAUUUUAGGAACUGGAGGCUACAUCCAGAAGGCCAAUGUAUUCCUACAGCUCUCAAGUAAACUUGGCUUACUCUGGUUAACUCAAUUCAACUUGUCUGCAAUCUGAUUGGUUAGUUUAAUGUAUAUAAAGGUGGCCAAAUUUAAAAAACUGGCCCUUAGGUGUAGGUAUUUGAAGCCCCACAUCAAGGAACGGGGUCAAUGAUCUCUUUGGUAGGGUUGAAUAACGGAUUUUACCUGUCUCUGACUAAAUUCGUAGAACUAAAAAAGUCUGCAUUUCAUUGCGGUAAAAUGGCCUUCUCUUAGAAUUCGAAAAAACCGCCGGGAUUCGGCCGAAUCCCGAACCGAAUCUGGGAUUUGGUGCAUCCCUAAUCCUUACAGAAAUCUAUAUUGCAAGUGGCCUUGACCAGGUUUUCUUUUUUUUUUUUUCAUUUUCCACCGCAAAUUUGAAAAAAUUUUUAAAAUUUGCUUUAUUUCCACUUUCAUAACAAGUAAAAAGUAAAAUAUUUGCCUCUGGGAAAAAGCCAUAAAGUAGUAAAAAAAACCUAAAUAUACCUUAAGAGAGAGUCGGGGAAACGUUUGGUGCGAUUGCUGAUGCAGGCUUACAGUUGCCACAACCUAGUCGGGGGUUCCGAAUGCUGCACUUCCCUGCCUUAAAAUCCCAUCAACUACUCACCAGAACUUCAGAUGCAGCACAAAAAUAGGGAUUUUUUUUUUUUAUGCCGACGCCCAUUGUUCGUGUUCUCGUUUCCGGGUUCCAUUUGCUCUUUCCCAGCAUACAGCGCUAAGACCGUGUUAACUGUGUGUACAUAUAUAUUAUAAAUAUAUGUAUAUUAAAUAUAAAAUGAGUCGUUCCUCUUGCUGUUACGUGUUAAUUUAUUGCCAAGCUGAACAAGACUUGAGAAGAAGGAAUCCAUUUUGAUUUUCUAUAAUAAAAAAAAAAUCAAAAAAACAAAAAAAAUAUAAAAGGUAUAUUCAAAAAUUGAGGGAAGGGGGCGGAUACGAAACAAAAACAAAUAUAUUUUUUGAAUAUCCAAAACAAAAAUAUAUUUAAACGUAUAUUUGACAGAAGGAAACGUGUAAUGGGGCAGAAUGAAAAACUACCCCCUUGAUAGUGAAUCACUGCCGACGAUAAAUUCUAGUCGAAGACCGGCGGUACAAAUAUUGCUCUCGGCGACCAAUAGGGUGGUGGCACCGCCCCGCGACUACAGCGAGCGCACAAAUUUCCCGGACACGAGACUGCGAGAGUUUGAGGCAGGGGGGGGAAACGUUACAAUGUGAAAUUAUUAUUUGAAAAAUGUUAUUUUGCACUGAACAUCAAGAGGUUGUUGUGUGCUCGAGUUUGCUAAAAAAUAAAUAAAAAACAUUAAAAAAAAAACUAUAUAUGAAUAUUGUUAGAAGCAAAUGAAAAGUGAUUCAGUUCCCACGCUUUGCUUUUUGCAUUCAACUCGAAAUGUCAAAUUAAAAACCGUUAAUUGUGCUAAUAAAGUUUACUGUAUGGAU